UUUCGAUAUUGCCCGAUCAAAUAUUAAUUAAAUGUUCGCAGGGUAAAAUAUUGACGUCAUUGCUUGGUGUAUCUUACAAACGAAUAUUCAGUACAAAAAAAGCAUAUACUGUUAUCAGUUUUUCCGAUUCGCAGUGUUCGUAAAAUGAAUGAAUCUACACAAAUUAACAACGAAUCAAAGCUCCAAACAAUAUUCAACACGAUGGAUUACGGCGAAAACUUGGAAAAUACGGAUAAAGCAGCCGAAUGGGUCAAAGCGGUAGAUAUAACUGAUAAAUCUGCGGAGCUCAAAAGUAUUUUAGAUUGGGCGAAAGAAAACUUGGGUCACGAAUUCACAGAAAACACGAAAACUCAACUGUUAACCCUUGCGAAACAGAUCGAAAAGAAUGCGGAUAUGUUUGCUCAGAUCGAGAUAUUUGCCAGAAGUAUCUUGUCGAAGGAUACGAGAAAAGCGGUGACCCUCCUUGCGGAAUAUUUUUCUUACUAUGCAAAUUUUACGGGCGACUUGAGAAAAGGAGCUUGCGUGGCGGUUAUUUGCGACGACGAAAAUCCAUUAUGGGUGUUGGGGCUAGUCGUCGCGCCCGCUUUGGCGGCGGGCUACCCGAUCGUCCUGCAAACGGGGAUAAAACUCGCCCCGGCCGCUAAUUUUUUGCUCACGCUUGCAGAAACCGCGGGGAUUCCGCAAGCGGCCUUGAAAUUGAUACCAUCGAGUGAAGGCGGAUUACAAGAAUAUCUGGACCACGAUUAUGUGGACGUUGUGGUGUUAUUCGGAGAUCUGCUGGACGGGAAAUACCACGCCGUAAACCGUCAUUUCAAGAAAUUUCUCGCGCUUUCGCCACGGACGGGAGCGUCGAUGAUCGUCUUUGACGAUUCUGACACUAGUUCGGCGGCCGAGGCGGUGGUGGACGCCGCUUGGGGUUAUCAGGGCAUGCUGCCGUGGACUAUCGACACCGUCCUUAUACAAGAGAAUGUUUUCGCCAUGUUCACCGAUAAAUUGAAAGAGAAACUGGCAUCGGUUAGAGUGGGAUAUGGUGACGACAAACUAGCUGAUAUUUCGUACCCGAAUUGUCAGGCACUGAGCGUGAGGCAAGCGAGAACCGUGAGGAGGGCUAAAGACCAAGGGAUAGAGGUAUACUCGCCGGACUUGCCCACGGAUGUCUUCGCGCCGACUCUCUUGAUAGGCGCGAAGGCAUACUCGAAUUACGUCAUCGUGGGCGGGGAGAGGGACGGAUGCGUCACUCUGCUACCGUUCCGCUCGAUCGAUGAAGCGGUAAACCUGACCAACAACACGCGGCACGGCUUCGGCGCAUCCGUGUGGACCGAAAACGUCGGGCUUGCCAACGAGGUGGCCGCCAAAGUGACCGUCGGCAAUGUUUGGCUCAACGGCCACGGGCUUAUCGCCCCGGAUGUGACGUUCGUGUCGCUGAAAGAUAGCGGCGCGGGUUACUUCGGCGGCGCGCAAGGUUUCCGCGAGUUUACGGAGGAACCCAAGUCGCUCGAUGCAUCGGGCAAGGAGGGUGGGGCCGUAAUCGACUUGCGAGUAGGGACCGCAAUUAAUGUUGCAGUCGGAGCGGGCGCUCGUUGGAGCAAACGUGCCUUUUUGGACAGAGUCAAUGCACUGCGGGAGGUCGCCGAUGGUCUGGGAGGGUGUUUCGCAGGGAAGUUUGCCGACGAAUUGAGGCGGUGCGUCAUCGAUAAAGCGGAAUGGGGAACAUCUUCGCGCCCAGGAUACGUCGUUACCCCAUGGACUAACGCGAGGGGCGUGGUCGCCAUCGACUUGGAGUCAGAUCAGGACUCCAAUGCGUCGCUUCUAGCACGCGCCUUGGCGCGAGGCAAUGCGGUCAUCGCCCUUAAUCGCUACCCGAGAAACCCCAUAUACGCCGAAAUAAGCAAAGGGCUUCCGUCAGGUCUGCUGUCCGUGUUUCCGCACACCGUGGAGAUGGAGCUCGUAUGCGCCAACCAUAAGGCCUUGAACUUGUUCUUGUCGCCGUUGCCUAGGGCCGCGGUGGCUGGUCAAUCCGUCGCGGACUCCAAGAACUUGACGAUAAAGCUCACGGGUGAUAUUAAUUGGCGUUUGGUCUUCCCGAAAAACGUCUGGUACAGUGUCGGCCGAUCCUUAACCUGCGACUUGUAGUUUGUUGGGUUAGCAAGAGGCGUAACAUCCCGACGACAGGGCGGCGACCGAUUCGGCGUAGAUCCGCAUCAGUUCCUCGCCGACCUGCUGGUGCAACACCAUGCCAUCGAGUGCAUCGUUUAUCGGUCGCUGGUCGUCG